CUUACAUCCGCCUGCGUCAUCAGCCUGCUCCAAGACCACGAUUGGCCCACCGCGCUCAACCGAGCGGCUGCUUUUGUUGUCCGGGCAAUGAUUUGCACCGGGUCGGCAGCAGCUCCUACGCUAUGGAGGCUGUGCACGGGUGCCUGGUGGCCCCUGUCAGCUUAUGGGAAAAAAAUCAGCAUCAGAUUUUGCAGUUCAAGAAUGACCUUAGACAACAUCAACCGCGCAGCUGUGGAUCGAAUGAUCCGGGUGGAUCAUGCGGGUGAAUAUGGAGCAAAUCGCAUCCUCGCAGGGCAGAUGGCCGUCCUGGGCCGGACAAGCGUUGGGCCAGUCAUUCAGAAAAUGUGGGAUCAAGAAAAGGCCCAUUUGAAAAAGUUCAACGAGUUGAUGGUUGCAUUCAGGGUCCGGCCGACAGUCCUGAUGCCUCUCUGGAAUGUGAUGGGCUUUGCGCUGGGAGCAGGAACUGCCCUGCUUGGGAAGGAAGGCGCGAUGGCCUGCACCGUGGCAGUGGAAGAGACCAUAGCACAUCACUAUAACAACCAGAUCAGGACGCUAAUGGAGGAGGGCCCUGAAAAAUACGAGGAACUUCUGCAGCUGAUAAAGAAGUUUCGAGAUGAAGAGCUUGAGCACCAUGACACAGGCCUUCACCACGACGCGGAAUUGGCCCCAGCAUAUGCCGUCUUGAAGGGUGCUAUCCAAGCCGGAUGCCACGCAGCAAUAUAUUUAUCAGAAAGAUUGUGAAGUAUGUCUGCUUGUCUAUAAGAGAUAGUUAGCAGGCAACAUUUAUAGAGAAGGAAUUGUACAAAUAUUACUGUGUGCAUUUUGUUAAUAAAUUAUACGAGUAUUGUUUUUCAUUAAUAAAACUCUUCAGUGUUGGU